AUGCCUCCAGAUGGAGCCAUCACAAUGUUACCGUUUUUCAAGGACAUCUUUGAUCAGCGCAUUCCCAGCGAGUCUAGACACGUGCCUGAUAUUUGGGAAGAUCUUUACAAAAAGCUAAAUGUCCACAAGGAUGGCCGUGUGGAUGCCGAUGAACUGAGGAAAGAACUGGAAGGAAUUGGAAAGGAUGGCUUCAAAAAAAGAGAUUUUGAAGCAUUCCGGAAGUACCUUGCGAGCCAGCAGAAGACCUUAAAACUUGGCUUUGGGAAGAUUGCAAAGGCGAGAACUGAAUGGAGUCUCGUGGUGCUGCACGAAGUAGCCUACAUUUUUGUGCUCAAGUCUCGAAUAGCAGUUGGACGUCCAAUCUUUUCUAUCAAUGAUGAUAUAACCAAUUGUGAGGAGUUCUUAGAGAAUGAAGAGCCAGAGAAGUGGUGGUGCCAUCUGAUUGCAGGAGGCACGGCUGGAGCUAUCUCACGAACUGUAACCGCCCCUUUUGACCGUCUAAGAGUGCUAAUGCAGGUUUAUUCUACACGAGAGAAUAAAAUAAAGAUAUCGAGUGGCAUAAGGCAAAUGAUUGCAGAAGGAGGUUUCAGUUCAAUGUGGAGAGGAAAUCUAACAAAUAUUAUCAAAAUUUGUCCAGAGCUUGCCAUCAAGUUCAUGGCAUAUGAAGAGCUAAAGGAACUAAUUGCAGCUGAUCCAGAAAAUUUGGGAAUGAAAGAGCGAUUUCUUGCUGGAUCAAUGGCUGGUGCAGUGUCUCAAUCAGCCACGUAUCCUGCUGAGAUGAUGAAAACCAGAAUGAUGUUGCGAAGGACAGGAGAGCCUCGAGAACUCUAUGCCCAUGUCAGGAAUAUCUUCAUGUAUGAAGGUUUUUCCACUUUCUUCAGAGGCUAUGUUCCAAAUAUCAUGGGAAUCAUUCCGUAUGCUGGUAUCGACUUGGCUGUGUAUGAGACUCUGAAGAAUUUAUGGAUACAGAGAUACACCACAGGCAAUGAGAGGCCCCACAUCCUCCUUGUGGUGGGCAGUGCCUCGGCUUCCAAUGUAGUUGGUCAGCUCGCCAGUUAUCCAUUGAUGGUGCUGCACACUCACAUGCAGGCAGAAGUGAUUGAAAAGGGAAAGAGAAAACCAAGAUUGAGGGAAUACUUCUGGAAUAUUCUGACUCGGGAUGGAUUGCCCGGCUUCUACCGUGGGUUCACUGCCAACAUGAUCAAAGCCAUUCCAUCUGUCUGCAUCAGCUACAUUAUGUAUGAAUACCUGAAGACAAAUCUAGGCCUCCGCUCCCACUAAGGAAUGCCGUCAGACACUCUCU